GCAUUUAGCUUUGAUAUCCUGAAGUAUGCUGCUUUGAUAUUUUUUUUUGUUAAAGUUCAAUGAAAUAGUUCUUAGAACUUUGGAGAGACAGAAAUUCUGAUCAUAAAGACAACAAAUGUUUUCUAUUUAUUUAUGGAACGGCUGUGAUUGAACUAAUACUACUGGAUGGAUAGGCAAGUGUUUUGUUGGUUAAUUAGUGACUGUCGUUUUGGCUUUAUUAUUUUUCACCUUCUGAUAAUGCCCCAAUAUGUCUUACAGCCAGCCCUUUAACCUUCUUAAUUUUAUAUCCUUUUUCUGAUUUAAUGCCAUCUGUAAUUUUCUAAGCUGCUCAAUCAGCUGCUUUCUCUCGCCUUAUAAACAGUCCUCUCUCUUUUCUGUCUUUGCAACUGUAACUCCCACACACGCUCUUAAUGUCAUUAACAGGUGCUUGUCCAAAAUAGAACCCUUGCCCAUAUACACACACAAACAUCCGUGGAUCAGCUGACAUACACUCGACUGACUUUCCCACAGACAUGCAAAACUCACACUGAUAUACACUGAAAAAUAUCAAAUAUGUCCAUGUGUAGAUAAAUAUUCUUGCAUGAACCAUAUACUUGGGUGACUGAGCAGUCAAACAUAGUCUCUACAACUUGAUUUCAUGAGCCCCAGUCCCAGUUUUCUCCACCCUUCUUUUUCUGUCUCUCUCUCUCUCUCUCUCUCUCUCUCUCUCUCUCUCUCUCUCUCUCUCGCUCUCUUUACAUCCCUCCUUCUCCUCCUCUCUCAGCUGAGUUUCAUGUAUGUAGUCAUCAGAUCUGCACCCACACAGAACAGGUCAGGAUUUCAUUGCUCUCACUCAAUGCACUUGCUGCACACACGCAUACUGUCAUAAUUUAAUAAAAUCUGUGACACAAACCUUAAAUUUCAUUGAAUAGUUUAACAUUGUGCAGCUUCUAAAAUAUGUAUUUUAUUAUGCACUCAGGAAAAUUGAUUGAUUCAUCAAAAAGAGGAAUGCAUCAUCUUUUCACAGCUCUAUAAGGCCGAUAUCCAGUGUCUGUCAUCAAGUCAUUCUUUUCAUCUACCCAUUAUUCCUGUCUAGUUUAUCAAACCUUCUUGUGUUUGUAGACAUCAGUUAAUUCCCAACUCUACAGUCUUCAGAAAUGACCCCCUGUCACUUGAAUUUCUUGCACGCUGGAUUCUUUUUAAAUCACAGGACAUUAUAAUAAUUUCAUGUUCUUUUUUUGAGCCUUCUUAUUAAUAUACUUUUCUGCGUGUUUAUUAUCUAUCCGUCUGUCUAACUCAAGACUCUAGUCUCCUGUUUUUUGCUUUAGUUAUUUUUUUUCCCCUUUCUUGACUUUACCUCUGGGAAUUUCCUCCUCUCAUCUUCAAGUAUUGUGGUUGCCAUGUGGUCCAACUAUUUUUUGCAAAAGGAAGAUGACGGGAGAGUAGGUACGGCUGCUCUGGGUGGAGUUGGCAGUAAGAGCGGGCGUCAAGGUAAACGGCCGAGGCCCCCUCGAAUGAGUGACAGCCAAGAGGGCAAGAUCAAGCUGGCAUUUUUUGUCGCCCUCAUAGGCGUGACACUGACGGUACUUGGCAUGGGUACAGAGUUCUGGGUGGAGUUAUCGCAGCCAAAACACUCCAGGAACAACCAGACAUGUGAGAUGGCACAUUACGGCCUUUGGAAAUUAUGUGUUCGCACGCUAUGGGUGUCAGAUAUUGACCCGGAGAGAGAGAGUUGUGGACCUGCAGAUCUACCUGGAGAAUCAAACUGCACAUACUUCAAAGUGUACACUUCUGGAGAGAAUGCUGUCAUAUUUAAGAAAACAACAGAAAAAGGUUUGCAUAUAGCAGGUGCAAUGUUGGCUUUGUUCAGUUUGUUUCUGAUGAUCAUGGGCUCUGUGUGUAUCACUAUGUCUCUCAGUAAGAGUGUGUCCUUCUUCCUCAAGCCUGCUACUAUCUGCUUCAUCUUCUCAGGUAUCCUGGUCUUCUUGUCCAUCAUAGUUUUCCACCAGUCUGUGCUGGCGUUAUUGGCAAGCGAUCACAGUUUCCCUCUCCAUCACGAGUUGUCCUGGUCAGUGGCAUGUCUUGGCUCGGCUGGGGCCAUUCUCAUUUUUGGAGGGCUUAUUUUCCUCUUACUUUCCCUCCCCAACAACCCCCUGGAGAAAUGUUUUGGUCAGCAGAGCAGUAGUGAUGCCUAGCUGUCAGGGGGACUGCCCAUGAGUUGAAUAGCACAAGAUCUUUUAUCCUCUUAUGCUGUUUGUGGAGAUUGACUGAUGUUAUAAAGGACUCUCAAAAGCUAAUGUUCAUAAUGUUUUGCAAUAACUAGCAAUAGUUUGCUUAUCAAUAAGAUUAUAGACCUUAAUGCUCAUACACCGACUCUGAAAUUUGAACUGAUAUUUCUAUGAUGGUUAUGUACAUGAAAUCAGUGACCAACA